UUAGGAGAAAUUCACAAAACCAUGCUAUUUCAUUGAAUAAAUGUGAGAAAAGUUGAUAAAAUCCACUAAAUUCAAAACAAGAUAAAUUACAAAAUUGGGGUUUAUCAAAUCCUGAGUUAGAGGCUCUGACAAAUUGGGAUUUGAGGGUUUACUGAAUAAUAUUGUUGAUGUUGAAUUGAUACGUGAAAAGUUAAUUAGUUAUAUAUUGGUUGAAAAUUAAUUUUGUGAUGAUUAUGUUUAUUGGGGAACCUAGGUUUAUAUAUGGUGAUGGACACACAUAUAAUUUGUGUUGAUGGAUUUUUUGUUAUGAACAUAUGGAUUAAAUAGAAAAUGAUGCUGGAUGAUGUUUUAUGUUGGUGUGCAUUUUGGAUUGAGAUAUAUGGUUAUGAGAUUUUGAUUAGGUCAAAUAUUAAAGUAUUAUGAUAUUAAGAUUCUUAAGUUGUCUGUAUAAUUUUGGUUAAUUGAAGGUUUGAUGUUUUGAGGUAUAUGAUUGGAGGAUUUAAGGUGGAUGUUUGUAGUGUAAAUGUGAAUGAAAGAGUUGAUUUUAAGUUCUAUGAAUUGGGGUAUGUAUUAGGGAAGAAAAGAAGAGAAUGGGAGGAGGAAAAGCAAAAUUCUUCAGAAAAUAGGCAAAGUUUGAACGGCAAGAACAUGACCUUUAGUGUAUUGAUUAAGGUGGAGUUUGUUAUAUUAGAAAGUUUUAUGUGUCUAAUUUUAUGAUUUCAAAGAGUGAAGGCUAACUACAAGUUUUAUAGAGUAAGUUAUGAUUUUUUCUUUUUCUUUUUUACAUUGGGAUGUUGAAAGAAGAAGUGAAGGGAACUCAACAAUGAAUGUACCUUUGCGUAUGCGAAGCGAGUUCGUGUAUGCGAUACCACUAGCAAGAAUUUCACUUCUCAAUACACGUGGAAUUGAACUAAGAAUUAAACUACUUUUGAGGCAGGUGUUCAUGUACACAAUGAGUAGGGCAAUGAAUGAAAGUCCACAAACACAGGAGAAAGUUAUUUUUGCAAGUUUUAAAGUAAUUUGAAACCUCUACCUUAGGUCUAGCAAAAUUGUUUAUAGAGGCCUUUGACUUGCAAGCCCAUAGAAUUGCUUAAGCCAAAUCCCGUUGGAUCUUAAAUGAGAGAUUAGGAAAGUAAGAAUGUGUUUAUGAUUGUGAUAUGAUACAACAUGUUAUAUGAUCUUCAAUUUAUGAGUAGAAUGGAAGUGGUACUAUAAGAGGAUAUUAAUUUGAGGUUUAUGAUAGUGAUUAUGGUUAAUGAUUUUAGCAAGGGAGAGAGUUUUAUGCUGCUUGCUUGAUUUAUGGUUUCAGACUUGGCAAUGGUGUUUUCAUCCUACUUAUACGAUAAUUUGGACAUUUUUAUUAUAGAUAUUUUGGGAUAUAUAAUAUUUGGAUUGUAUAUGAUUUUAUUCUAGAUCGUAAGGGUAUUCGAGUAUACAAUCCUUAGAUAGUUUUUCUCUAAGAAAAAGUGACAGAAAAAUUUUCCUGAUUCUUACAUGCUUCUGGAAAGUUCUAUUACAUCCCUUAUGAGAAGGACGACUAGAAGACUAUGUCUAGUGUUAGAUACUAGAUGUGUUGAUUCUGGCAGAUAACUGACAUGUGAGCUUAUGACCAAUAGAAUAAGCAUUUGUCGUAUGAAUUGUUUGAUUCAUAGAUGUGUAUAAUUGUUCAUAAUUUUCUACUUGAUUAUUCAUGUGAUAAUUAUGUUUGAAAUAAUUGUGAUUUUGUUGUUAUUGAAAUGUAUGCCUUAUUCAUGAUUGUCUUAACCUGUGUAGGUAUUAAAGGUAAUGGGUAAUGUCAGAUGUUAGUAAAAUCCUAGGCUAUUGAUCUGGGUUGUGACAGAAGAAAUAUACUUGAUUUAUAGAUUAAUUAAACUUUAGAAAAUUGAGACUUGGUGUAGAAAUUAGAGACUCUUACAAAUUUAAGCAUCUUUAUAUAAUAUUUAUCCUUUUUUUUUAUCAUACUAGAAACCAUUAUUAGGUUUUCAUCCAUUGCUUUUAACAUUUUUUCUAAUACGGAUCAUAGUGGAUUGUAUGGAUAGAUGGAGUCACAUAUGGAGGAUUUAUGUCAAUACAUUGGUUGUUUUAACUAGGCUAGUCAUGUUCCUCUCCUUUUAGAGAUAAUCAUUUGUAGAUGAAUUAAACUUGUAACCAACCUUAAGAUUUUCUUUGUUACAUUAAUGCUAAUCAUGAGAUCGAUGACAAGAAUUCGACUUUCUCUCACUUGUGUCAUUCACUCUAUGAUUACUUGCGUGGAUAUUUACAGGCUCUUAUUCAUGCAAAUAUUAUCAUUAGUUACAUGUAUGAUAGUGUGGUGACAUGUUAGGAUAUGUUAUAAUACUUUUGUUAUCAAUCUACUGUGACUUAAGCAUUAUAGGCCACAUAGUGAGGAUAUUACAGUAAAAGGUGGAUUGAUGUUCCUAAGAUUGGAAUGGAGCUAUUGAGAUGCUAACUCUUAAAGGGAAUGCUAUAUUAUGAUUCUGGAGGAAUCAAUACUUGAAAAAGAAUCGCACAUUGAAGAUUAAUGCUUAAAAAAGAGUAUUAUAAAAGUCUUACUCUCCUUCAUCAUAAUAACUACUUUUUUUAUUCUUCCAAAAUUUAUAACUAUUUACAUUUUCAAAAAAUGAGAAUUUUGAGGUCAAAUAUACCAAGCACUCUUAUUUAAAUGGAGCAACGAAGGUGUUCUAUGCAGUAGCUUCACUAUAUUAGGAAAUAUGAGGCAUAUACAUACUUUUGGGACUAUAACUCUAUUAUGUAACCUUAGUUUCUAUUUCAACUCAUCAUUAAAUUCAUUCAUAAUAACUAAGCCAUAUGAUAUCUAGACAUAUAUAACAAGUCCAUACUUAACGAGAUGGCUUAAACUACAUAAAUUUUCAUAUUAUUAAUCUCAUAUUAGUCAUCAAACUACAUGAUAUUCCAUAAUAUGUAAUCAUAAAUAACCGAAUAAAUUUUCAGCAUGUGCUCUCUAUUUUGUAUCUAUUGUUGUAUUUGUGCCUUUCUACUUUCAUGGUGUAUGAAAAAUUGCCCAUUAAUAUAUAAUUUUUUUUUGUAGAACUCAUCAAAUGAAGUAAAGUAUUCAUCAUUAUAAAAUAAUCACAUUAUGUGAUAAUAAAUGCAACUAGGAAAUUCUAACAUCUCCUGUAUCAAUGCAGAGACAAUCUUGAUAAUUAUUCCUUGCAACUCGAAAAACUUUUCAUGGAAAUCAUUAGAAAAUGUAAUUGGACUGAAGCCUCAUUCUGAUGCUGGUUCCCUUACCAUUCUUCUCCAAGCAAAUGAAGUAGAUGGCUUGCAAAUAAGAAAAGAUGGAAUGUGGAUGCCUAUUAUACUAGUCUCUAAUGCAUUCAUCAUUAAUGUUGGAGACAUAUUGGAGAUACUGACCAAUGAAAUUUAUCGGAGCAUCGAACACCGUGUAACAGUUAACUCAAAGAAAGAAAGAAUUUCUAUUGCUACAUUUCACAAACCUCAAAUGAACAAAGUUAUAAGCCCAAUAGAAAGCUUGGUUACCUCCGAAAGACCUGCACUGUUUAGGAGAAUCAACGUAGCAGAUUACUACAAAAAAUACUUCUCACGCCAACUCCAAGAAAAAUCAGUACUCAAUGAUGUCAGGAUCAAAAGUAAUAGUUGUGUUCACAAGAUUUUAUAGGAUAGAAUAAGAACAAAACAAUUAAUAAUAAUUAUGUUCAUCAAUAACUAGCAAUAAGUAUAUGCUCAUUUGUUCAAGACUUUGGGUCAAAGACA